AAGCCAAGUUACACCAUGCACGGUCGGCUGAACCGAAAACAUAGUUUCUAUUGAUACUUUGGAGAUUUUGGAGGAUGAUGCUGUGGAGCGCUCUUUUGGUAUUACUCUGCUUUGAGUGGUCACUGGCCGAAGUUCGUCUUUCGGACAAAGAAGCUAGCCUCAUCUGUGUUUACAAUGGGGAACUCGACACUUAUGACAUGCACUUCCGGGUAAAGUUGAACACCGACCCUACUGGAAACAUGCGCGCCAUUGAAAACACGGACUACUACGAGAACCCGAAAGCCUUCACUCCCGUAACCUGCACUCGGAAUUACGACGGAGCGACAAAGAUAUAUACGGUCGACUCGCGUGUUGACCCAAACGGAAAUAACGAUGACAACCUCUGCGGCAUGACGGAGAAAACAGUCACAGUGGGCUCAACCACAGAAAGAACUUAUGAGUUUUUGUUCAUGCACAACAUUGAUAUCACUGGCGACAAAGACCUAAUGGUCUCUGACAAGGACCGAGUCUACAUAGCACGUUGUUCACCUAGUACCAGCGUCAACAACGUCGUUACAUCAUCCCUAACCGUCACGAACAGCAAUCUAAACGCGCAGUUGACACCGGCUAGCAUUCCUGUAACAAUGUCGAUCUACCGGAAGCUGGUUCCAUCGGGUGCUUACGUUUUGGUCACAGGGCCUGUUGCGGCCGGAACCACUGUCCAAAUCCGCCUGCAGUAUACUCGUAAUAAUCCUUACACGGCCCAACAACACAUCUACGGAAUCAACGCCUUUCUCCUUGAAGCGGGUAGUUCAACAGCCUUCACAGAGAAUGAUAUUCUAGUAGACGAAGACGGGUGUGCAGCGAAUGUCGUGCCAAUUCCCAUGACAAAAGGAUUGAAAGGGUCACUUCAGGGUAAUACGUAUGUGUUGACCAGCGGAGAUCUGACCAUCUGGAAGUACGAUAACUCCAAUGCCGUGUACUUUAGCGUCUACUACGGAAUCUGCUUCGAACCUGACACCCAGCCAUGCACUGAUCUUUGUCUCGACAACACCGGAUUUUCAAAUAAACGACGUCGACGAAACGUUGAUGACUCAGAGGAGUUUCACAGUGUUUCCGCCGUUUUAAGAAUUUUAGACGACGUUGACGUCAACGAGGGGGAGAACGCGGGAAACGGACAGGAGGAAACGACAACAGCCGAAAACAGCAGCUCCUUGACAACCCUGAUCACGCUAGCAAUUGUACUUGGCGUACUGAUUCUCCUUGUUGCUGUUGUCAUAGUAACCAUUGCUGUACUUCUGCGUAAGACCAGACAGAAUGGCAAACACAGGAAGUUCGAUAACAUCAGCAACUCGUCGAUGUCAUAUCCGUCAAAAUAAGGCAAACACACAAAAUUUGACAACAUCAGCCUCUCAUCGAUUUGAUAUCCGUCAAAAUAAUGACUAUUUCUGUUUCGAAAAUUAACAAGUAGUGUUGAAGUCGGAAUGCUAGCUUUUCUUAAAGAGUUCCAAAUGGUUGAUUUUCUUUCCUGAAAUAAAUUCGAUGGAACGCUGAAAAGAGCCAAAAUUUGGUGAAAAAAUAUCAUAUCCGUCAUAACAUAUUUUUUUUCAGUUUCGAUAAUUAACACUUAUUGUAAGGGCAGAAUGUAAUUACUUUUAAAGCGCUCCUAAUUAUUCUGUUUAGUUGAAAGAAAAGCACUGGAACGUUUAUUAUAGCCAAAUUUCUUUAGAAAAUUCAAGCUUCACAUUCCAUUAUAUCUUUGUAUACAUUUCCAUAAGUAAUCUUUUGUAGACACAUACUGAAAUAAAAUACAGGCAUAC